UCCUGCAGCGGACACACUACAUAAGCUCAGGGUCCCUACCUAUCCCCCUCCAAAGCUUGGAACGCUUUCUUCAGUUCCACCAGUAAUUCUCCAACCUCCAACCACACACCACCACCGAAAUGGCUGCCCCUACAGCUUGGAAGCCUUCCGGGAUCAGAGACCCGCAGCAGGAGGCGGAAGUCCAAAGGUGGAUCGAGUCAGUGAUCGGAGAAAGGUUUCCUGGAGUGGCCUACGAGUAUGCUCUGCGGGACGGCAUCAUCUUGUGUAAGCUGAUGGCACGUCUUCAACCUGGCCUCAUCACCAGGAUCAAUACCUCUGGUGGAGACUACAAGAUGAUGGACAACAUCAACCAGUUCCAUAAGGCAUGUGCCAAGUUUGGAGUUCCUGAUGUCGACAUGUUCCAGACUGUGGACUUGUGGGAAUUCAAGAACAUCAACAACGUUACCAAGACCAUCUAUGCUAUUGGCAGGACCUGUUACAAACACCCUGAGUUCCAAGGCCCAUUCCUGGGCCCCCGACCAUCUGAGGAGAACCGCCGCGAGUGGACAGAAGAGCAGCUGCGUGCUGGAGAGAUGGUUAUCGGUCUGCAAGCUGGCACCAACAAGGGAGCCACCCAGGCCGGCCAGAGCUUCGGUGCCACCCGCAAGAUCCUGCUGGGCAAAUAGUCCCACCCUCCCGACCCUCUCCUUGCCAAUAUAAACUGCAUAGUUAGAAAAUAAUAAUUUAUUUUUGUACAUAAACUGUUAAUUUAUUAUAAUCAUACCGAAAAUUACUAUUUUUGUAACAUCCUAUUUAUAACACUUUCCAAUAAAUACUUAUUUACAAUGCAAA